CAGAUCACUUCAAACCACAACUGCAAUACAGUCAACAGACAAUUAUCCCAUAGCUGCAAUACAGGGAACAGAAAAUUAUCCCAUAGCUGCAAUACAGGGAACAGAAAAUAAUCCCAUAGCUGCAGGAUCCAUAUUGGAACGCAGAGUGGCACACAAGAUGAAAUACUUCACAGUUGAGACUGGCAGUACUUUGAGUUCUCAUAUUCAGUUUAUGAGACAACUCAACACCACAAGAUGUUUUACGGAAGUCAAGUCUCCAGUGGAGAGUGAUGUCAUCAUGGCUUUCUGUCCCAUCGUCUCCUGUCUUGGGAGUGAUAUUGAAGCAGCACUGCAACAGAUUCCAACUGGUAAAGAUGUCAUUCUGGUAGUGCUGCAUCACACCUUCAGCCCAGACUUCACUGUACCUGACAGCAGCAGACUAGUGACCAGAAGUGAUGUAAUAAUCACAGUGGACUGUCUGUUCCAUGAGAGCCAGGGAGGACUACUGGACUGUCCUCGUAAUGAUGCAGCAGUCAGGACUAUUCUGAAGAGGCUGAACAUACAGCCAAAGAUUGGAGCUGAAGAAUGGAUCAGUAUCCCUGAGCAGGGUAACAGGCGGACCGGACAUCCUGGCAUUCUAGCUGUGAUUCAGAGCAUUAUAAUGGUUUAUCAAAUCAAUGAUAAAACUAGACAUCGUCAAUCAUGUGCCUCUUCGGGGCGACACUUUAAAAAAAGAAAAAUAGAAGUCAAAUUUAAUGAUGGUGUCUGUCAUAAUCGAGCUGUUAAACAAAAGUCAUUAUUCUCUUUUCAGUGGCCAGUGUCUUCAGUCUACAGCUACAUCUGUGGAGUGCUUUCAUAUGUGAAGCGGCGCUUCUGGGACAAUAAUUAG